AUGAAAAUUUUAAUAUUUUUCGUGUUUCUUGCAGCAACGAGCACUUUUGCUCGCAAAAUCAAACCCAAAGACUUUGAUCAGAAGCAAAGUGCGUCAAAUUAUGCGUACCAUUCGUCGGGUCCGUCGCGCGUUUCGUUCAUCACAAGUGGUGGCGGUCCACAUUUCUCGGGAUAUGAGACAAUUUCCGGUUACAGCAAACCCACGGAAUAUUCCUCAAAUUACGAUUCCGGCCCCGGAGGACAUUCCUACGUCAUUAAACACGUAACAGGCGACAAACCUCACAGUUACCAUCCCACAUCGUCGUUCAGUCAUCACGACACCUCCGCCUUGCAUCAUCGUCCCACGAAGACUUAUCAUCUGGAAGAGCCCGAAAUUCAGCCGGAAAUUCAUCAUUCCAGUCACGAAUCUGAUGAACAUGAAGCGCCCGUACAUGUCUCGACAUAUGUGGGGCAUGAUGGCGAUUCAGGGUCUGUGGAGGUCGAACACGACUCCGGACCAGCUCAUUACACACACGGAACUUUUCACAACCACGGCGGACAUGGGGGCGACGAACAAAGCUUUCACAAGGGAUACAAAGACGCAUACGAUCAGGAUUAUUAUAAGAAGCACGGUGAUAAGGGAAAGAAGGCCUACGAUAAGGCGCAUUCGGAAGCUAAAGGGCACAAGGGGCACUACGAUCACGCCGAUUCCGAGGGACAUCACAACGAGAAGGGCGGGCACAAGAAGUCGCACUACGAUGAGGGCGACAAGUAUGCCCAACAUCACGAGGAGGGAUAUGCCAAGAAGGGAGGAAGUCAUGGAGAGAAAAAGCACCACAAAAAAGGCUCCAAAACCACUGGAUAUCACAACGUCUACCACAAGGACGAGUACAAGAAAGAUCACAAAUUCUAUGAUGAAUCAGAUCACCGAGGACACUUUAGCAAACACGGCGAAAACGAGAAAAAGCACUCUGCCGAUUCCGGAUACGAAAAGAAGGGAGGUUUCCACGACAGCGCCUACGAUCAAGGACACUCCAAGAAGCAGGGAUCCGAGUCAAAUGGUCACGUCGACGAGCAACACAAGAAAUAUAACAAGAAACAGGGCUACGACAAAUACUACAACGACCACGAAAAGUAUGGCAAAAAGCAUGGCGACAAAUCCCAUCAUGCCGAGGGACACGAGGAGCAACAUGGGCAUCAUCAUGGUCAUUAUUAA